CCCCUCCUCAAAAAAGAAUAUGAAGGUGGUCAAUUUGAUGCUCAGAAAAUGCAAGAGCUUGUCAAGGCAACUAGGGAGAUCUUCAUCAUAUAGUAGCUUAAGGUCCAAAUCAUCAAGAGGAGAUAUAUGGGGUGACAUUAACCAAGAAAUUGAUCACCAACAUUGUGAAACUAUAUAUGUUGGGAGCACAAGGAAGCGUUAUUCGAUCAAUUCCAAGUACUUGAAUCAUCCGCUACUGAACGCCCUAAUCGAGAAAUCGAAGCAGAAAUCGGGGGAAGAAGAUCAGGUCGACAUCUUGGUCAAGUGUGAGGUUGUCCUCUUUGAUCAUCUGUUGUGGAUGCUUGAGAAUGCUAAUCCGAAUCUGAUGAGUUUGGAUUCACUGGAGGAACUCAAAGACUUGUAUGCGCUUUGACACAAUUUGAUCCAUCAUCUUCUAAGCUAGCUUGCCGAAGAAGUAAGGGUUUCUUCAUAUUAUAUUGUUAAUCUUAAUUUGUUGUUCUAGCCAAUUGUUUGGUGGAUCAAGUUGUUGGGGAUGACCAUGAAUUGAGUAAGUGUAUUCAUAUGUAUGAUUGUGAUCUUAUUAUUCUUUGUCAUUUGCAUAUAUCAAUAAAAUUCCCUAGAAAAGGGUCUAUUGUUUAUGUAUAAAUCAU